AUGGUAUUUCCCGAACUUAGUGUUCUAAAUUUGUUGGGGAACCUCAUGAAUCUUUUUGAAGUUCCACUGCAUUCGUGUGUUACAGAUAAUGGAAAAGUGAACCACACUCUUUUGAUUCAUUGGCUGAAUGAUCUACCUCAUGACAAAAUUGAGAAGAUCUCAUUCUCAUGUGAGAACGCAAAGGAGUUCGAUUAUAUUCUGAAAACUAACAAAAAAGAAUGGGGGGAACUGGAGUUGUUCAGUUACAACAGGAAUAAUGCGGACUCGGAAGAAUCAUAUAACAUUUCAAAUCAAUUUAGUACAGUGUUAUGUGAGAAAGCAACGAUUAGAUGUCUGCCAUUGAGUAGAUCAAGCAUUAUCAAUGUACUGAAUGUUGUCGAGUUGUAUAUCAAAGAGAGCCAACUAUCUAACCAAUAUUUGAAGCAGUUUCUGAGAAAUUGGGCUGCUGGAAAAUCGAAUUCGAGAUUGAAUCAAGCUUUUUUUGCGAUCAAUGAGCCGGUGCAAUUGAAGACUAUUCUGGAAGGAUUUCCAUUUGUUAAAAAAGAUCCGAGAACCACUAAAAGAUACAUUGAAACCGAUGCAUACGGAGAAAAACUAUCUUUCUGGAUCUUCGGUGGUUAUGAUAUUCAACUUCAUGACGGGAGAACGGCAACACUACAAUGGCAUAAAUUUCAAAGAAAGUUUGAAGAUUCAACGAUUCCAUUAAGAUGGAUUCAGAAAUAUGAAGAUGUGAAUGAACUCGAAAAUAAUAUUGAUCGAGAUGCUCAUGAAAAUAUGUUUCGGGAACCUGAAAACGAACUCAAUUCUGAUCAACUUCCUGAUUUCAGAGUUGGUGACGGAGCAGAAGUCAGAAUCCGACGAAGCGAGGUAGUCGAAGUGUUGUUUGGAGCAGAUCACGACGUACUCACGGUUCAUCUCAGCCUUCAGAAGAGCGACGACGGUUUCACGGGACUCUUUCUCGUCCUCGGUCAUUCCCUGGAAGAUUUUCAAUUAGAAAAAGAAAUCAAAUCGAAUCCAAAUUACCUUCUUGAUGAUAUCUCUAACUUCAACACUGUUGCACAACACAUCUCCACUCGACGCCUUCAAUUCCAUUGA